UUACGUCACAAAAUGACAAGAAGUCUGAAGUGAAGUUGGCCCAUAGGCAAUUCAGUUUAGGUUAUUCUUAUUAUUCUGUAUCUGUGAUUAGGCUUUUCUAUAGUGGGAUGUGCAUGUUGUGUUGUUGUGAUCGUAAAAGUUUGAAAACGGAUAGAUUAAUAAAACACCAAAGCGAAAAUUAAAGAAAUCCGUACCAACAAUUUCCAAGGCGAAAUACAAUUUGUUUAAUUUUACGAGUCCACUUUGGUUAUUAUGAAACCAAUAACGAUAAAAAGAAACAGUAAUCAUUCCGAAGAUGACCUUGUACGAUAUAAAAUUAAUAAAAAAUACGUCAACAAUGCUAAUAAAUCUCCUGCCAAGAUAAAAACGAAGAAAGAAAGUAUGGCUAAUGAUGAUGACACAGUCCGUUAUAAAUUGCCUAAAGUUUCAACAAAAAUGAAACAAGAGAAGAAGUCAAAAGCAAAACCAAAAAUUAAAGUAAAUUUUUGGAGCAAAAAACUAACUAAUCGACUAAAACAUUCUGAAACCAAGAGAACUGAAUCUAAUCUAAAACAAACGGAUGAAACAUAUAAAAGCUCUUUGUUAACUAAACCAAAAUCUAUAGAAGUUAAGGUUCGAAAGCAAGUAUCAUUCCUUCCUUCGCCUCUCUUCUCGGACAACCAUGAUCCAAUGGUUACCGUGCCAGAUGAUUUAACAUUACAAUUAAAUGAAGAGGAAGCUAAUGCCUUACAUGAUGAUUUGAACCACACUAACACAAAUAAUGCAAGUAAUAAUGAUUCAAAUAAACUUAAUGAUAAUAAAAUUUUGUCACCCCAAGUAAGUCCUAGAAGUAACAGACAUAAAAGAAACCUUAAUAACAAUGAAACAAAGAGUCAGGGUAAUGAAAAUGAGCUUGAAUAUUUCUCCAAAUAUAUCGUUCAGAAAUUAAGGAGAAUGGAAACAAACCAGCGGAUAUAUUCCGAGAACCUAAUAAACACUGUCCUAAUGUUGGGACAGUUAGGAAAAUUAAAUGGAAAAUCAAAAGUUAGUGAACCAUGAUAAUAGGUUUUUUUUACUUAGGUUUAUUAGUUUAUGUUUUCACUUGUUACAACUGCCUUCCAACAUUUAUGUACAAACUUUAAAAUUAAUUGACAUGUUCUUGGAUUACACUGCUGUGAAACUUGUAUCAGCUCAUAUUCUUUCAUUCUAAAAUAGUGAAUAUGAAUACAAGUGUGACAGCAAUGAAAUUCUACCUUAAUAUUGUUAGUACAUAUUUAAUAAUACAAACACAAUAUUUACCAUUAAAUAACUAAAGUACAUAUCUUUGUUGUUACCAUUUACUUAAUAUUUUCUAUUCUAAUGUUCUUUAAAAAAUAUGAGCCCUGAUGAUUGAAGAUAUGUCAAGAUUUUUUUUUUAUAAAAUCU